GCGUUUAUAAUUUCAGAACUUAUACGAACACAGUUUUUAAACCCAACUAACACCACCCUUUUUAAAAAAACCUCGUUCGUUCCUUUACACUUUUCAGUGCUUCUUUAGUAUUACAGUUUUAUCUGCUAUUAGAGUCAUGAGUGUGAAUGCUACUACUCCUUUAGUGGAGUCUUUAAGGCAAAAUGCUAAGGAUUUGUUAGACAUCCAAGUGUUACAAACAACCGUUAAUGAAAUUAUUAGUCAAGCAUCAUGGUUACAAAUAAUAAUGGCUGUAAUUGUCGUUGUAUUAUCAUACGACCAAAUCAAAUAUCAACUCAACAAGGGUGUAAUUGCUGGUCCAAGGUUUAAGGUCUGGCCAAUUAUCGGACCAUUCUUGGAAUCCCUCGAUCCAAAGUUUGAAGAAUACAAGGCCAAAUGGGAUUCCGGUGAAUUAAGUUGUGUCUCUAUUUUCCACAAAUUCGUUGUCAUUGCUUCUUCUCGUGACUUGGCAAGAAAGAUUUUGUCAUCUCCAAAAUACGUCAAGCCAUGUGUUGUUGACGUCGCUAUCAAGAUUUUAAGACCAACCAACUGGGUUUUCUUGGAUGGUAAGGCCCACACCGAUUACCGUCGUUCUCUUAACGGGUUGUUCUCCCAAAAGGCUUUAGAGAUUUAUAUUCCUGUUCAAGAAAAGUAUAUGGAUAUUUAUCUUAACAAGUAUGUCAAGUAUGAUGGUCCUCGUCAAUUUUUCCCUGAAUUCAGAGAAUUAUUAUGUGCUUUGUCCUUGAGAACUUUCUGUGGUGAUUAUAUCACUGAAGAACAAAUUGCUCUUAUUGCUGAUAACUAUUAUAGAAUCACAGCUGCUUUAGAAUUGGUCAACUUCCCAAUUAUCAUUCCAUACACCAAGACUUGGUAUGGUAAGAAGAUCGCUGAUGAAACCAUGCAAAUUUUCGCCGAUUGUGCUGCUAUGGCCAAGGUCCACAUUUAUGAAAAGAACGGUUCUCCAACUUGUGUUAUGGAUGAAUGGAUUCACUUGAUGAAGAAUGCUAGAGAAAAACACCUUGAAGAUGCCGAAUCCAAGUUGUUGAUUCGUGAAUUCACCGACAAGGAAAUUUCUGAAACUAUCUUCACCUUCUUGUUUGCUUCUCAAGAUGCUUCUUCUUCCUUAGCUUGUUGGUUAUUCCAAAUUGUUGCUGAUAGACCAGAUGUUGUUGAAAAGAUUAGACAAGAGCAAUUACAAGUUAGAAACAAUGAUCCAAACCAACGUUUGUCUUUAGAAUUGAUUAACCAAAUGACUUACACUAACAAUGUUGUCAAGGAAUCAUUAAGAUACCGUCCUCCUGUCCUUAUGGUUCCAUAUGUUGUUAAGGAAAAAUUCCCAGUCACUGAAACUUAUACCGCUCCAAAGGGUUCCAUGAUUGUCCCAACCUUGUACCCUGCAUUACACGAUCCAGAAGUUUAUGAUGAUCCAGAUACUUUUAUUCCAGAAAGAUGGGAAAAUGCCACUGGUGAUAUGUACAAGCGUAACUGGUUAGUAUUUGGUACUGGUCCUCAUGUCUGUUUAGGUAAGAACUACGUGUUGAUGUUGUUCACUGGUAUGUUGGGUAAAUUUGUUAUGAAUGCUGAUUUGAUCCAUCACAAGACUGACUUGUCUGAACAAAUUAAGGUGUUUGCCACUAUUUUCCCUAAGGAUGAUUUGUGGUUAGAAUGGAAGGCUAGAGAUCCUUUAGCUGCUUCUGCUUAAAUAUACCCUGUAUAAUAAUUACCACCUAAUUGUUUGUGUGAGUUUGCUCUCAUUUUACUUUUUAAUACCUAUAUAGAUAUUCGAUUAUGAGACAUACGCAUAGUUGUACCAUUGAUAUUGCAUGGCAUUGCACAGCCCUAUGGUUGAAAAAGUAAGAAUAAAGAAAGAAAAAAAAAGUUACUGGGGUUGUUGUAAGACCUGAUUACAUAUAUACUUUGUGUUUUAUUUUUUAUUGUUUGAUCAAUUAUAAAUUUAUAUCAUCAAAAUUCUACACUGUUUUUU